AUGCUCGCUUUUCUCAUUUUCAGCAUAUCGUUGGUCUCAGCCCUCAGUGUUCCCAACACAUUACCGCAAGGAUGGAGCUAUAGUGGCUGUUACACAGAUGUUGGCCGUACGAUCAAUGCGGAUUACACAGCAAGCAAACAAAUGACAGCCCAGUCAUGCAUCUCGUACUGCUCGUCCAAGGGAUAUCCGUUUGCGGGCACAGAAUACUAUAACGAAUGCUACUGCGGUACGAAACUGACAACUGGCGCGGCCAAGGUUGCAGACACCGAUUGCAACACGGCUUGCUCUGGCGAUAACACGCAACCCUGCGGCGGUGGCAAUCGUCUUAGCCUCUUCAACAAUUCGAAUAUUCAAGGACCACAGCCGAACACGGGGAUUCAGAACUGGACACACAUCGGCUGUUAUACGGAGGGGCAAAAUGGCCGAGCCCUGGGAUACAAAGCAAAUAUCGCCGUCGACCAGGUCAGCGGUGCCAACUGCACAGCGGCUUGCAAGACAGCUGGCUUUAUUCUCGCUGGGACGGAGUAUUCGGGAGAGUGCUACUGCGGCAACACCAUCGCCAACAAUGCCACCCUGGCUAUAGACGGUUGCGUCAUGCUCUGCAACGCCAACAAGACGGAAGUAUGUGGUGGUGCAAACCGCUUGAAUAUUUACGACUUCAACAUGACGUAUCCGGUGACACUCAGCAGUAGCAGUAGCGGUUCAUCCUCACCUCUCACCUCUACUGCCACUUCUUCUGCACUAUCAAGCACGCUCACGACUGCAACCGCUGCUUCUACGACGUCAAGCACGAGCUUGGUUGCGGCUUUUUCGUCUAGCCAGACCCAAAACACGGAGACUGUACCUCAAAUAUCCAGCCAGACUCAGAAUACAGGGAGUAUACCUCAAGCGUCUAGCCAGACUCAGAACACAGGAAGUUUACCUCAAACGUCGGCAACGGUGGCCGGUACACUCAGCACGGAUUCCUCGUCAACGUCGACAUCAGACUCUACAGCCGUGCCAUCUACCGAAACUCCGUCUAGUGUGGAUACAUUAUCAAUAGCUACCACAAUUUCCACCGUCAUCUCUUCAAGUCAGUCGCCAUCUGGAGCAUCCUCCUCAUCAACGGCUACUUCAGCCUCAGUAGUUGUCAAUCAAGCCCUAGCCACUACAGCUUCCACGUCUGCAGCUUCUGCAACGCCUACGGCGCCGAGCCAGCCAAAGACAAUCAGCAAUUACAACUUGUACGGAUGUCAAACCGAAGCGACCAACGCCAGGGCGCUAUCCGCGUUUAGCUAUGUCAAUGACACCAUGACGCUGGAAUCCUGCCAGGCGUUCUGCAGCGCCAAGGGCUCCACGUACUUUGGCACCGAAUAUGGACGUGAGUGCUACUGUGGAGAGAGCUUUGGGUCGGGUUCGGUCGCUGCGCCGGCGUCUGACUGCACGCAACUAUGUGCCGGAAACAAAUUUGAAUACUGCGGCAACGGCAACCGCCUGUCAGUGUACGUCAAGAAUGGUACAGUCAUUGUCAGCAGCCUCAGCAGUGCAGGAGGCUCGACGACAUCCACUGGAAUUGCUUCAGGUACCAACACUCCGGCGGCGGCGACUGGUUUUCCCAAGGGCUGGACAAGCCAGGGUUGUUGGCAAGAUGGACCAAAUGGCCGGAUCAUGCCCACCUAUCAAGACCCUGACAAUAAGGCACUCACUCCCCAGUCUUGUGCUCAAACUUGUUUCAGCAAGGGCUACAAUAUCUCCGGGACAGAGUAUUACUCACAGUGUUUUUGCAGCAAUGCCAUCUACAAUGGGGGCAAAGCGUCAGCUGAUCAAACAAAGUGCAAUACGCCAUGCUCAGGAGACAGCAAGUCCAUGUGCGGCGGCGCUGGUUAUUUGAGUAUAGUGUCCAACGGGACUCCCCCAACCUUUCAACCCCCUGUCCCCCAGACAAGUGGCCUCAACAAUAGCUGGACAUACCAAGGAUGCUUUCCCGACAACCUGAACAAUAAGCGGACUCUUCCGUGGCAGCUCCUGUUUCCAGGCACAUUGACUCCCUCUCAGUGUUUAUACCAAUGCAGUCAGUUUGGCUACAUGGCUGCCGGUCUCGAGUAUGGACAAGAAUGCUAUUGCGGCGAUCCCGUUGACCUUGCCAAUGCCGGCGCAACCAAGCAGCCCGAGACAGACUGCAAUCUUGCCUGUGCUGGAAAUGCUUCUGCCAUCUGUGGCGGCGGUUCCCGUCUGUCAACGUACUUCUGGACCGGCAAACAACCGCUUUGGCAGUUCUCCUACCCGACUGGAAACAAUGCGGGAAUAUAUUCAAACCUAGUCGGCGGUGUCGUCACUCCUCUAAUGACCAUGCAGUCCAUCACUGGAAAGGUUACUUUCCUUGAAAAAGGAGGCACCGGAGCAGCAAAUAGUACAGGAGCGUACGAGCUCGACUUGACUUACGGAGACCGAUGGAAGGCGUGGAGAGAAAUGCACGUCAAGACUGACAUUUUCUGUUCCGCCGGCCUGAUACUCCCAGACAAGGCGGCCAGACAGCUCACGAUCGGUGGUUGGUCUUUAGAUUCAACCUACGGCGUCCGCCUAUACUGGCCAGAUGGAUCCCCAGGCGUUAAUGGCACCAAUGACUGGGAGGAAGAUGUCAAUAAUCUCAGACUUCAGAAUGGUCGCUGGUAUCCUUCCGCCAUGGGCAUGGCCAAUGGGUCUAUCCUCGUGAUUGGCGGCGAAGAGGGCUCGAACGGAGCGGCUGUACCUACGCUGGAGAUUCUCCCUGCUACGGGCGGAAAGCCUUUGACUAUGGACUGGCUGGCUCGGACUGAUCCAAACAAUCUAUACCCAUUUGCCGCCGUGCUUCCCGGUGGUGGCAUCUUUGUGGGUUACUGGAACGAAGCCCUCAUCAUGAACGAGAACACCUUUGCCACCACUAAACAACUGCCCAACAUGCCCGGUGCAGUCAACGAUCCAAAGGGCGGGCGCACAUAUCCCCUUGAAGGCACGGCUGUCCUCCUUCCACAAUACGCACCCUACACUGACCCUCUGGGCAUCCUCAUGUGCGGCGGCUCAACGCCCGGAGCCGGCCUGGCCCUGGACAAUUGCGUCUCCAUCCAGCCGGAGGUGCCCAACGCCAGCUGGACACUCGAGCGCAUGCCAUCCAAACGCGUCAUGACCUGCAUGGCUCCGCUCCCCGACGGCACCUACCUCAUCGCCAACGGCGCACGCCAGGGCGUCGCCGGCUUCGGCCUGGCCACGGACCCCAACCUCAACGCUGUGCUUUACGACCCCCGCAAGCCCGUCGGCGCUCGCAUGUCUGUCAUGGCCAACACCACGGUGGCGCGCCUGUACCACAGCGAAGCCAUUACGCUGCUCGAUGGCCGCGUGCUCAUCACCGGCUCGGAUCCCCAGGACGGCGUCCACCCCGAAGAGAUGCGCGUCGAGGUGUUUACACCGCCUUACCUCCUCAGCGGUCUGCCGCGACCCAGCUUCACCGUUGCCAGCAAGGACUGGGCCUACGGAGCCGUGGUCUCCUUUGCGCUUGGCGCCGCCGCCAGAAACGGGGCCAUUCGCGUCUCUCUCCUGGGUGCCGUGUCGAGCACGCACGGCAACUCGAUGGGCGCCCGGACGCUCUUCCCGGCCGUGUCUUGUACGGGUACCUCAUGCACUGUUACGGCGCCGCCGGGAGCCCACGUUGCGCCGCCCGGGUGGUAUCAGAUGUUUGUUCUUGAUGGUGAUGUCCCGGCUGUUGGUAUCUAUGUCCGGAUUGGUGGUGAUCCGGCCAAGAUUGGGAAUUGGCCACCAGGGAACUUUAAGCGUCCGGGUGUGUAA